GAGCGGCUGCAUCAUGUGGAGCUCGUCGUUGAUCGACAUCCGGCGGUUUGAAUCCGGCGGGCAGAAUCUGUUUGUUCGUCUCGCGGCGUCCGAUUUACCUUCCAAUGGAGACAAUCCCAGCAGGAGAAACACAGCACUUGCUGUUGUCCUCAGCUUAUCCGGUCUUCUUCUUCUCGGCAUCGGCGUAUUCUUUCUGUGGACUAAGUUCUUCAGAAACAAAGGGAGGUCCCAGAGCACACGACCGCUCACCUCAUUCGACUCGAGCAACCCUCUUGCUCCAGUCCAAGACAGGAGCAUGGAAGAGGACUCGAGUCAGAGCAAAGGACUGCAUGAUGUCACUCUCUUUGACAUGGCCACGAUUGCCUCCUCCACCGACAACUUCGCGGCGGCGGCCAAGCUCGGCGAAGGCGGUUUCGGCGCCGUCUACAAGGGUGAGCUUGGGGGAGGGCAGAAGGUGGCGGUGAAACGGCUGUCCAAGUACUCGACGCAGGGCCUGGACGAGUUCAAGAACGAGGUGGUGCUCAUCGCCAAGCUCCAGCACGUGAACCUCGUCAGGCUCUUGGGCUGCUGCGUCCAUGGAGAGGAGAGGAUCCUGGUGUACGAGUACAUGGAGAACAAGAGCCUGGACAUGCUCCUCUUCGAUAAGGCUCGAUCGGCGCAACUGGACUGGCCGAAGCGGUUUGACAUCGUACUGGGCGUCGCACGGGGGCUCCUGUACCUGCACCAGGACUCGAGGUUCAAGGUCAUCCACCGGGACCUCAAGGCCGGCAACAUCCUCCUCGACGGCGACAUGAACCCCAAGAUCUCCGACUUCGGCGUCGCCAGGAUCUUCGGUGGCGACGGCGCCGACUCACACACCCGAAGGGUCGUCGGGACAUACGGGUACAUGUCCCCCGAGUACGCCAUGGACGGCGUCUUCUCGGUGAAGUCCGACGUGUUCAGCUUCGGCGUGCUGGUGCUCGAGAUCGUCAGCGGCAGGAAGAACCGGGGAAUGUACAGCAGCGGCGAGCAGACGAGCCUGCUCAGCCACGCAUGGAAGCUGUGGAGGGAGGGCAACGCGCUGGGGCUGCUAGACGAGGCGGUGGCCAGCGGCGGCGACCGGGAGUCGGAGGAGGUGCUGCGGUGCGUGCAGGUCGGGCUGCUGUGCGUGCAGGAACGGCCGGAGGACCGGCCGCACAUGGCCACGGUGUUUCUGAUGCUGGCCAACCUGAGCGCGUUGAUGCCACAGCCUAGGCACCCGGGCUACUGCAGCGACCGGGGAUCAACCUCCACCGACGGCGACUGCUCCUUGAGCUGCACCGUCAAUGAAAUCACCCUCACCGUCGUCGAGGGCCGGUGACACCACGGUGCAUUCUGUUAGCGAACGUGUGUUCGUGUCCUCUGUGCAUGCCUAGUUUUUAGCCUAGCAUCGGUUGAGUCAGUUGAGCUGUACAUAUAUAAACCAGUGUAACACCAGAUGAUGAAUACAAGAGCUGUU